AUGGCCAACAAUAUACCCACAGACGAUGUGGUUCGAUUAAUUAUCCAGUUUUUGAGGGAGAACAAUCUUCAACGCACGCUGACAGCUCUGCACAAUGAAUCGCCCGUAUCUUUGAAUGCCGUUGAAAGCAAAGAAGCUUUUCGACAAGAUAUUCUUCAAGGACGAUGGGACACCGUAUUGAAGCAGUUGGCCAGCUUCAAAAUAUCACCCGACAAACUGAUCGCCCUUUACGAACAGAUCAUUGUGGAAAUGGCCGAGCUUGGAGAAAUGGAUACAGCCAAGGCGUUGCUUUACAAGAGCGAACCGAUGCAGCUACUCAAACAGCGCAGUGUCGAACGAUAUCUACACAUUGAUCAUUUAUUAUCACGACCGCAGUUUGAUCCGACAGCCGUGUACCCUAGCGGUAUAACGAAACAAAAACGUCGCGAAGAUCUUGCAGAUACGCUCAUGGAAGAAAUUACGACAGUGCCUUCUUCUCGGCUACUGGGGCUUCUCGGGCAAUGCUUAAAGUGGCAGCAACAUCAGGGAUUACUGCAGCCUAAUUCUGUGUACGAUCUCUUUCGAGGGGUGGCUCCUGUACAGAAAACAGAAGAAGACGCUUUCGUCUCCAAGCCAUAUGUUAAUAUUAAGUUUCCCGGCAAGAAAACAUAUGCAGAAUGUGCUGUGUUCUCACCCAACGGGCAGUACUUGGCUACUGGAUCCGUGGAUGGAUUUAUUGAACUGUGGAAUUACAUGACUGGCAAAUUACGGAAAGAUCUACGGUAUCAAGCAGAGGAUCAAUUGAUGGCCAUGGAUAAAUCGGUGCUGUGCUUAGCUUUCAGUAAAAACAGCGACUGGUUGGCGUCAGGGUCUAUUGAUGGCAAAAUUGCGAUAUGGAAGGUUCAAACGGGCGUCUGCCAACGGAGGAUAUCACCGGCUCACAGUCAGGGUGUCACAUCAAUAUGCUUCAAUAAGGAUGGCACCCAUGUCCUAAGUGGUGGAUAUGAUCAGACUGUAAAGGUUCAUGGGUUGAAAUCCGGAAAGAUUCUUAAGGAAUUCCGCGGCCACUCUUCUUUUGUGAACAGCGUUCUCUAUUCCAACGAUAAUUCCCGGAUAUUAAGUGCCAGUAGUGACGGUACAGUCAAGAUUUGGGAUGCUAAAACAACCACAUGUCUUCACACCGUCACACCCCAACCCAACGCUGAUGCAACCAAACUGAAUACAACUGCCACUCUAACAAGUCAAACGGUUCAAUCCAUCCUGCCUCUCCCCAAAAACAUUGAUCAAGUAGUGGUGUGCAACAAAACAAACACACUGUAUAUCAUGACAAUGCGCGGUCAAAUUGUCAAGACAUUUUCACACCAGAAAAAGUCGGGAUCGGACUUUGUUGCAGCGGCGACUUCACCGCAAGGUGAAUAUAUUUAUGGUAUGGGAGAAGAUUCCACUCUAUACUGUUUCCGCACAACCACAGGACAGUUGAUGGGCCAGAUGAAACUAUGCGAUGCAGAGGUGAUUGGUAUGACCGGUCACCCUUUCUCCAAUGUGAUUGUAUCCUACGAUGAUGCGGGAUAUGUGUACUUUCUCAAACCGUAA